CUUGCACAAAUUUAUGAAACAGCCCAGUUUGCUAAAAAUAGCUAGCUUCGUGUGGAAAUUUGAGUCUUGUUUUUGGCACACAUUCCAAAAAACUUCGUGCAAAAAGACAAGUAAAGUACUUCAAAAUGUCCGACGAAGAAAAUAUCGAGAGCCCCGUCUUCGAGAAGCUUCCAGUGAUGGAAGCGACACCUGAGGACCCAACCGCCGCCAAGGAGAACGGAGCACCGGCCGCCGACAGCGGGGCACUCUCCGGUGCCGUCGAUGGUGAAAAGGCGACCGCCGAGGCCGCUGACAAGGAGGAGGAGUCCGCCGCCGAUGGUGAGGAGGCCAAGAAGAAGAGCAUCGAAGCAGCUCCAUCUGCUGUUGAGAACGCCGAGGAGGCCGCCGUCGGUGACUCAGCAGAUGCUCCCGCCGUCGGGCCCGUGAAGCGGAAGUUGGACGAGGCCGCCGCUAUAGCCGAUGAGGCCGGUGCCACGCCGGAAAAAAAAGCGAAGAUGGAGGAGGACUGCACAAAGGACGAGGUGUAGAACGGCGCCUAGAAAAUAGCCUGCGGAGCAGCACACUGUAAUAUACUUAAUUACGUCUACUAACACAACAAACACUCGCCAAUCACACAAACACACAGCGACACGCACCGAACUGAUCCAGUCACCCACCCACCUUAACAACGAUCGAUCCUGCAAACAGGAGCGCAGUCUUGUGGCGCACCGAUCUGUUCUCUCUAUCUCUACUAACCAACAAACAACCGACCAGGACACCAUUGUUGGUGUCGAGAAACAACAACAAUCUAUUGUCAUUAAAAAAAACCUACUUAAAAA